UGCCCUUUCCUUUGUUCAGUGUAUGAAUGCUUGAAUUUUUGUCCACCGACAGUGCUUGCCUAAUUAUUCCACUUGUCUUUUUCCUGGAUCGUUUUGUAGCAAUUGUUUUGUAAAGCAACUGCUUUCUUUUCUCUUUCUUUCUAAACUGCUUAAUUAAACCCAUCCAUCAUCUACAAUAUAAGAUUUUCUUUCUUCUUCAAGUUUUCAUCUCAAAUAUCAGAUUUGCUUUCAUUACAGCUCCAGGUGCAUUCAGAGAAACGGAUAUGGAAUCCAUUGAGUUUUUUCAAGUUUUCAUCACAAUCAUCAUGACUCUGUUCUACAGCUACUUCAGAUCAUUAACGUCUUCUUCUUCUUCUUCUUCUGCUGCUGCUGCUGCUGAUACUGAUAUCCCCCCUGUUAAAAAUAAGUACGAUGUGUUUCUUAGUUUCAGAGGUGAGGACACGCGCGAUGCUUUUACCAGCCAUCUUCACAAGGCUUUACUUGGGAAGAACAUCGACACCUACAUAGAUAACAGGCUCGAGAGAGGAGAUGAAAUUGCUCCUACCCUUCUAGAAGCAAUCGAGAAAUCGAAACUUGCACUAGUCAUUUUCUCAAAAGACUAUGCUUCUUCCACAUGGUGUUUGAAAGAACUUGUGCAAAUACUUGGAUGCAAGAAAAGCCAUGGACAGAUUGUUAUACCCAUUUUUUAUCGCAUAGAUCCAUCACAUGUACGAAAACAGCAGGGAACUUAUGCACUUGAAGAUCGUCCACUUAAGCGCAGCAGUAGGGAUGAGGUGGCCAACUGGAGGGCUGCUUUGGAGGAAGCAGCCAAUAUGUCUGGUUUUCAUUAUUCCAGCAGAACAGGGAGGACAGAGGCCGAUUUUGUUGAGGAAGUUGUCCAAGAUGUUUUGACCAAAUUGAAUCGGGAAUCGUCAAGUGAUUUGAGGGGCCUGUUUGGAAUUCAAAGGAAAAUUGAGAAAAUUGAGUCGUUAUUAUGCUUGGAUACACCAGGUGUUUGCUGUGUAGGUAUUUGGGGCAUGGGUGGUAUUGGCAAGACCACCCUCGCUGAUGCUGUAUUUCAUAGGCACUCCUCUAAAUUUGAAGCUGCUUGUUUUCUUGCAAAUGUCAGGGAGAACUCAGAACAAACGAAUGGACUACAUCAGUUGCGAAAUACACUUGUUCGUGAAUUAUUGAAGGAUAAAGAUGUAAAUAUCAACACUGAGUCUAUUCCACCUCAUAUUCAAGAUAGGCUCAGGCGUACGAAGGCGCUCAUUGUUCUUGAUGAUGUGAAUGCUCCAAAACAACUAGAAUAUCUUGUUGGUGAUGAUGAUCGGUUUUGCCAAGGAAGUCGAAUCAUUAUAACUGCUAGAGAUAAAGGCCUACUUGAGCAAAAAGUUGACCAAGAAAAGAUAUACAGUGUUGAGGGAUUAGGUUCUGAUGAAGCUCUUGAGCUCUUUCACUCGCAUGCUUUUGGAAAUAAGUCCCCAACAACAGAUUACACUGAGUUGUCAAGAGAGGUGGUGGAUUAUAUUAAGGGCAUUCCAUUAGCUCUUAAAGUUAUGGGGUCCUCAUUCCGUCGUUGCAAGAGCAAACAAGAGUGGGAAGUUCAAUGGAAAAAAGUGAAACAAUUUCCAAACGAAGAAAUCGAUCAAGUGUUGAGAAUAAGUUACGAUGGAUUAGGAAAAAAUGAGAAGGAGAUAUUUCUUGAUAUAGCAUGUUUUCAUAAAGGCUAUUUGAGGAAAGAUGUAGAAAUAAUUUUAGAUAGUUGUGAUUGCUUUGGGGAAGUGGGAAUCAAUGAUCUUAUUGAUAGGUCUCUCAUAUCAAUUUCACAAGAUAUGAGGUUUAAAAAAUUGGGAGAGGCAUCCUCAGGAGGACAGAUAGUAGAGAUGCAGUCAGUAGAACGGAUAGAGAUGCAUGAUUUGGUGCAGGAAAUGGGUAGGGCAAUUGCUCGAAAACAAGGCAGUAGGUUGUUUAAUGCAGAUGAUGUCUAUAAAGCGUUGACAAAUAACCAGAGAGAUGGACAUGUUCAAGCCAUAUCCAGUCCAGUGAACUUAAAACGUGUCAAUCUUCAGUUCUGCCGAUAUCUAACUGAAGUCCCAAAUCUCUCUCAGUGUCUAAAUAUUGAGCAUAUAGAUCUGGAAGGCUGUGAAAGUUUGGUUGAAAUUCCUUCGUAUUUUCAACAUCUUGGCAAGCUUACUUAUCUUAACCUUUCGAGGUGCUACAAGAUCAAAAAUCUUCCCGAGAUGCCAUGCAAUCUUGAAUUCUUAGAUUUGUCUUGGACAAGAAUUGAGGAAUUGCCUUCAUCAGUUUGGUCUCACGAAAAAAUAUCUCACUUAGAUAUUAGAAAUUGUGGACACCUUAAGAGUCUUCCAAGCAACAGUUGUAAGCUGAAACUUUCGAAUUCUUUUGGUCUAAAGGGCUGCAAAUCUCUUUGCGAGAUGUGGGAGCUUCCCAGGAAUACAACAGUGCUAGAGCUGAGUGGUACAACAAUAAAAGAAUUGAGGAAUACAUCAAUAGAAUCUCUUGUUCGUCUCACUGCAAUUGAACUGAUCGAUUGCAAAAGCCUUGUGAGUCUUCCAACGAACAUUUGGAAGUUGAAAUCUCUGGAGAGCCUUUAUCUCAGUGGUUGCUCUAACUUUCAACACUUCCCAGAAAUCUCAGAGGCUAUGGAACAUCUGGAGUUUCUAAAUUUAUCAGGUACAAUGGUGAAAGAGGUACCCCCAUCAAUUGGAAAUCUAGUUGCGCUUCGAAAAUUAGAUCUCAGUGGUUGCUCUAAAUUUCAACACUUCCCAGAAAUCUCGGAGGCUAUGAAACAUCUGGAGUUUCUAAAUUUAUCAGGUACAAUGGUGAAAGAGGUACCCCCAUCAAUUGGAAAUCUAGUUGCGCUUCGAAAAUUAAAUCUGAGUAUGACCGAAAUUAAGAGCAUACCUGCAAGCAUCAAACAAGCUGCUCAGCUGUCUCACCUGUGCCUCAAUGGUUGCAAGAGCCUUGAAUCUUUACCAGAGUUCCCCCCAUUGCUGCAAUGUCUUGAAGUAUCAGCUUGCAUAUCACUGAGGACAGUGUCAAGUUCAAGCACUGCACUCGCACAAGGUUGGGAAAAAUAUAUAUUUUCUCAAGGGCUUCAUGAGAAACAUGUAUUUUCUGAUUGCAGAAGAUUGGAUGAGAAUGCACGAAGCAACAUAUUGGGUGAUGCACAGCUCAGAAUUAUGCGGAUGAGGAACAACCAUCAUAUGAUUCGGAUGAUAGCUAUGAUGAUUUUGUAG